AAUACCCGAUGCAGCCUAAAAAUUAUUGUUGAAAAGUUACAGAAUGGAGAACACAACAAAAUCUAAAAGACAAAAAACAACAAAACCUUGUUGUUCCGAAACAUGUGACAAAAAUGAAUUAAUCAAGAUUCCAGAAAAUAUUUUAUUAGAAAUAUUCAAAUAUUUACCAGUGAAGGACCGCUGCGUAGCUGGAAGGUUGGGGAAAAAAUUAAUAAUAAUUAAAUUAAACUAUUAAUAAUUAUUAAAAUUUAAACAGAAAAAAAUGGUCCAUGUCCAUACCAUUACCGUAAUUGUAAUGAAUUACCAAGUGCCAAUAAUCAUUUGUCACUUUUUAACAAUAAUUGUCGACUUGUUUUUUACUUUAGAACAUGUUGCUUUUUUAAAAUGAAAAUGUAAAAUAAAUUAUAAAUAUUUGGUCAUCUACAUCAGCCACUUCAGUCAGCGCCUGCUAAUAAUAAAUAACAGUGUUAUUAAAAAAUUGUGCUGUAUAUUGGAGGCCAUUUAAUUAUUUAAAAUGAUAUUCUUUUAUUGAUGUCAAUUAAUGGUACAGUGAAAAGAGGGCGACUGGGUUUUCGGUGGCAUAGAAAGAGAGAGUGGACGCUGUUUUCUCAUUGAAGUUAAUUGAAGUGCCAGAGACUGAUGUCAUGUUUGAAAAUGUCACAGGAGUGCACAGAGAGAUAUAUCCUUCCAGGGCUCACAAUUUAUAGUUUUAUACUAUAAAAAAAAUUAAUAUAAAAUAUUUUUUGACACUGCGACCAAGAUGUGAAUCUUAUUAAACUACACAACAUUUUACCCUCAAUGAGCAGGAAAAUUUAGACCCACCUCACACCUUUCCUUUAGGAAUUGUGCAUCUUGACCUCAUUUGCCUAAAAUAUUUUAUAGUAGGCCUACACCUGGUAUUAUUGUUGAAGAUGACCAAGGCUUCGACUUGAACUGUAUUUUGUUUAAAGUGAGGGAGAGUUGCUCAGUUCAUCAGCCUCCAAUGGCAAACUUAGUCAAGGUAGACCAGGAUGCAGGAGAUGAGCAGCAGUCUUGUGUCUCACUGUGUUCUUAUGCAUUCCACAUUGCAGGAGUUGUCUUAUUGUGUCAAUGUCAUAGUGCCUAUAGGACUCCAUCUCUGGGUUUAAUUACAGAGUUUGCCAUCCCUUGGAUGAGUUGCCAUCCAAAGUUAAGGAGUCUUAUCCACCUGGGGUGGGAGUGCUUGUGUUGUUUUUGCUUGUCUAGGCUUUUGUUGUGGAUCGAAUUCCAGUCCACAAGCUUUGGGCUGCCUCAGUUUUAACCACUCUGCCACCCAGCACCUUCACACCUGGGCCGACUAACACUAUACAUUCUGUCUAAUGCCUAAUAUUGUAUUUUACCUAAUAAUUAAACUAACACAAAAAUUCAUUAGUCAGUCAUUUAAAUCACAGUCAUUUAUGGUAGGAAUAUUUAAUGAGAUUAUGCUUGAAUAUUCCAUAAUAAUUAAUUGGUGAAGGACUGAAGAAAACAUUACUGAUUUGUAUAGCAGUAAGAUAUUUACAAAUGAAUCAUAAAUAAAUCAUAAAUUGGAUGAAUACUGUCCUAUUGUUUGCUCCCCUCCCCCACCACUGCCUUCAUUACAUUUAUGAAUUUUUUUGUGAUAAGUAUAAAAAUAGUUGUCAACCAUAAAAUACUUAUGUCUCAUAAAACCUUUUUUACAGUGUUUGCAAAAAAUGGCGUCGGAUAGUGAAAGACAACUCUCUUUGGCGACAUGUAAAUUUGCUUGAUUAUAGAUUAGACUUGCCAAAGAUGUGGAAGGUUCUCAGGGCACAUUUCUCCCCAUGUCUUCUCACUAUGAAAAUACAAGGCUUCGCACACACCGGUAAUUAGAUUUUUACUAAAAUAUUUAAUAAUGCCAGAAAUAACUGAUGUAAAUAAAUAAAAAUUUUAAGUUGUCCCCAUGGAUUUCAACUCUAAUCUCAAGCCAUGAAAAAAAAAAUUCUCUUUUUUUUAAAGACUGGGGUGUUUGGGGGUUUUUUUUUUGGUGUUUUUUUUUCUUUGAACUACACUUUGAGUUUAGCCAAAGAAAAAAAAAAUAGUCGAUUAAAAAAUAUAUAUUAAAAUUAUAUCUAAUUUUUAUAAAGUAAAGAAAUAUGAAAAUAAAAGUGUGUAAAAAAAAAAUUUUUUUUUUUUUAAAGAAUGGGGUGUUUUGGGUUUUUUUUUUUGGUGUUUUUUUUUCUUUGAACUACACUUUGAGUUUAGCCAAAGAAAAAAAAAACAGUCGAUUAAAAAAUACAUAUUACAAUGAUAUCUAAUUUUCCUAAAGUAAAGAAAUAUGAAAAUAAAAGUGUGUCCUUUCAUAAGCUUUUGAUAAUAUUCCUUCAAUACUAUUGUACAUCAUUAAAUCUUCAUUAAAACUACAAAGCGCUCUGUCAAAUGUGACAAAAACUGGAAAAGAGAAGAAUUAAUGGAAAAUAACUUAUAUUUGAACAUUAAAUUCAUACAAAUUAAAUUACUUACUUUUUUAAAUUCAAAUUUUAAUACUAUACAUCAGUGGUUCUCAACCUGUGGGUUGCAAACAGGGGGCGCCUAAGACCAUCGGAAAGCACAUAUAAUUUUAUGGUUUGGGCUCACCACAACAUGAGGAACUGUAUUAAAGGGUCGCAGCAGUAGGAAGGUUGCGAACGACUGCUAUACGUGACUAUUGGGAAGGAAAAAUAUAAAUUCAUAUUACCAAGUUUUAACAUGUAUUAUUUCCCUUCCCCUUGGGUUACAUGAAAUGAGUACGGAAUCAAUUUGUUCCAAACCAAUUUUUAUCAGGGAAUGUUGUUCAUACGAAAGUUUGUUCAAAAUUAAAUUUGUUCAACUGAGAUUUUUUAAAAAAAUAUUUUUUAAGGGAAGGUGCAAGUGAGAAAUGGGGCAAAUUUUAACAUUUAAAUGAACUUUAUUUUUUACCCCCCCAUUAUUUCCGUUUGAAUCAACUUCUGAUUGAACAAACUGCCCUUCAAACAACAUUCCUUUAUAUACAUUUGUUCUGAACUAAUUUCCGGAUAUUAUUUAUUUGUACCUCAGGGUCACAAAUUAAAUUUUUAAUUUCCCUAAUUUAUUCUAGAUUUAUAUUUGCAAGUAGUUUUUGUCAAGUUAGCCGUAUCAAAGAUUUUAAAAACAUUUUAAUAGACUCAACAGAUUAAGAGUAAUUUAAAAGAAAGGAAUAGUUCUGAUGAAGAAAAGAUAUUUUUAUUGACAAUGUGUUUGACUUGUAACAUUCAGGGGGAAAUUGUCCCUGAUUGCCCCACUAUGUGUUGGGAUGCGGUAGGUAGUCUAGUUGAAAUUUUCAAAUGCAUCUGACAUACACAAAUAGCAUGCCAUUGGACAGAGCUGGCUUUUAGCUUUCCAAAAAUGCCAAUAUUAACCUGCUUUCACUAAGCUGUAUCACUUAAAAAAGAAAAGUUAGGGAUUUUUAUUUCCUCCUCAUUUGUCAUUGUAAUUAAUUAUUAAUACUGCGAUUGAAUAAUAGUCUUCUUGAACUAUUUUGUUUUUUUUACUAUUUUAUUCUUAAAGGUAUAGAUAUAUGUUUUUGAUGAGACAUUUUCAAAACAAUUUUAUAGAAAGACACUUGUGUUACCUGCUGUGUUGAAAUUCUGUCUGCCUCAAUAACCAAUAUUUCUAAUGAGAUUAUUAUUAUGAUAAUUUUUCAGGGAGUAGCAAGUGGAAAAAAGCAUCAAUAUCUGAUGCAAUGUUGAAGGAACUUUCUACAAGGUGUCCUAAUCUUUGGCACCUUCACCUCCAUGAUUGCAACACAGACAAUCUAUCAUUUGAAAGUCUCCCUCCCUCCAUCACUUCCCUUAGCAUCACCUAUUCCACAUGGCAGCCAAGAUGGUUCAAAGGCAAACAUUCACAUCUCCCCAAACUUGAGCAUUUGGAUCUUAGCUCAACAGUGAGGCUUGACAACUAUGAUCUUGAGGAUAUUGCCCAGUGGUCCAACUUGAAGUCUCUCUCCUUGAAAGGCUGUUAUAGAAUUCAGGGCUCAGAAAUUGAAGUGAUUGCCAAAAAUUUAGCUGCACUUGAAUCUCUUGAUGUCGGGGGCACGUGUUUAGACAAUCUGGCCAUCCACCAUUUAUCUCGGCACUUGAAAAGAUUAAAAGAAUUGUAUGUUGCCAACUGUCCAGGCAUUGAUGACUCUAGUCUAGCAACGAUUACCACAGGACUUUUGAAGCUUCAUAUUUUAGACAUUUCUGAUUGUGAUAAGGUUACUAUCGAUGGGCUUAGAACAUUAACUGUUCUUCAAGAUAUUAAGGUCUUGAUAGUUAAGGGAAAAAAUAAAUUACAAGAUGCUGAGGUGGUAACUUUAAAAAAAUUGUUUUCAAAGGAUAUUGUUAUAAAGACGUGAAAUAUAAAUGAAUUAAGACUGAAUAUCUAAACAUAUAUUUAAAUUAGAACAAAUUUUAUUUUCUGUGCUGGUUUGUAAACUAAUCAUAGUAAUGAAAUAUAGCUUUUACCUUUUGAUUUUCACUGAUAAAAAGCUCAAUUAAAAAUUAUAUAAUUACAUAACAAUAUUUGUUCUGCACUGUUUUGCCAAUUCAUUUUCUUGUGACCUUUAACAAUUUAAAUUAUUGUAAAUUAAAUUGUAUUUAUUUCAGUAUUAUUAAUUACAAACUAAUGUUAU